AUGGACCCUCUAUCAAUUAUAGCCAGUAUCGCUGGCAUAGCGUCAGCCGGCGCCCAACUGUCAAACACUCUUUUCAAGCUUUACAAGACAGUAAAGAAUGCACCCAAGGAGAUCCAAUCGGUUGCCAUUGAGAUGUCUGGCUUGACUUCCACUCUCGAGCACUUACACGACAUCAUCAAAUCCGGGCAAUCGUAUGCAAAACCGCAGUUUUGCGAAGCUGUUCGGCAUGUUGUCAAGAACAUCCGGAUGACGCAGCAAGAGAUUGACAAGAUGGUGGCUGAUGAAAGUAUGCUACGAAGGGUUAAAUGGCUCAGGGCUGCAAGGCUGCUAUCGGAUAUUGAAAAGCAUAAGGUCACAUUGACUUUGCAAAUUGCCAUUCUUUCAGCGGCUGUUCUGGUCAAGUCCACUAAUGGCCGUUUAUCUAUACAAGGGAGAGUGGAAAACAGAUUCAAGGCCCAAGCCGAGAGUCUUGUCCUGGCUGGUCAAGCUUCGUUCCAGAAUGAUGAAUCGGAGCCAAUUCCAGAUCCUCCUCAAGAAAGAGCACCGAGUCCACCAGUCCGCACAAACAAAAGAUUACCAAGCCCCGUGCGUGAAUCUGAGAUUCCCGGACACGUAAGAACAGAGGAACUCUACGGUCAAAGCAAGAAUUCAGAAGACAACGCAUUUCUUUCUCCAAGCGACAAAGAAGAGGUCCGCUCAGCACUUGCGCUAAGUGUGAAAGAUCCAAUACGUUCAGAAAGACGUUAUACUGUUCCUGCGAUUGAAGAUGAAGAUGGAGAAAACAUCUCUUCCGAAGACGAAGAAAGGGUGUCCCGACGUCGCAGAAGGUCGGGGUUUGAUCCACUGUCCGGUAGCAGCAUCGCGCAAUUUGGACCUGAUUUCCACAGACGCGGCGAUGCAGCUACGUUUCUAUAUAAUCUUGUUUUUCUCAACGAGAUACCAGGUAAAGGAGCACCAGGACAUAACUCACAUCUCAGAGACACCGGAGGCAACGAAAAGAUAGAAGUGCGGUACCGACAUCGACAUCCAGAUCCAGCGUAUGACAAUGACUACUUUGACGAUGAAAACAUUGGCGAUCUCCGGGAGAGAGUGAGAUUCAAAGACCCCAAGCCUCAAGAACCAGGAAGGAUUGUCAAUCGACUUCUUCUGGCUUGGACAUCAUUGAGCGAAAGCGAGGUUGAGAAGGGGAAACCAGAUAAUCAGCCCGAUAAGACCAAGGCAUUUGGAGCGAGUGACAGCUCCGACAGUGAAGAGUCGCUCUACGAGCCCGAGAACCCAGAGAAAUACUGGAGAAGAGAAGCAAGAGCAGCUCGCAAUGGGUCCCCAAGAGAAGAAACCAAGUACAAUGGUAAGCCUGAGUUUGAUCCUCGUGGUCGUAAGAUACUCAGACCAACGCAAGCUUGGGAUGCUCCCUUUGGAUAUACGAAUGCACCCCCUCGAAAUAAUGGCUCUUCACCAAUAUCAGAAGAACCAACUAUGCCGUACCCAACUGGUGGCUACUUUCAGCCAUACGGUCAGGCUCGAAAUCCUUUUGCACCGUCUGACGGAUCUUCGGCUCAGCCAAACUGGAUGCCUGAAGCAUCAAACUUCUCUCAUAGAUAUCCUUUCCCACCACCACCACGACCACCAUCAGGAGAGACAUACUGGCCCCCACCAACCCAGUCACACAACCCGACCAUGGAGAAAAAACCAGUGAAAUCAAAGUUCCAUAAACCUGCUUUUGUUGUUCUGCCACAAACGGACUCUGCAGACUAUGAGGCUCGGCCUAUAACUCCCAAGCUUCACCUUACGUCUGUUAGCUUAGGUAUCAUGAGGCAAGGAGAUGAGCCAAUCUGGGACUGCGAUGCUUUCAUGUCUGAAAAAGGUUGUCCUGGGAAAGCGGUUAUGGGUGCACUUAUUGGCGAUAAAUCCGCUAGAAAUCCUCACGGAUUAGAUCUAGCGCAUACGCUGAUGAAAGGAAGAAGUACGAAGCUUGUGUAUAUCCGAGGAAAUGCAAAAGAGACCGAUGAGAGAGCCAUGAAGGAGGAGUACGUUGCUAUCGGAGAAGAAUGGGCCAGCUUCGAAGCUUUACAACAACUCGGGAUGGUUGUCAGAAGAAGAGAAGAGGGACGUGUCCUCUUGGACCCUAGCACAACGUGGGCAAGUUGUCUCUUUAAGAACUUUGGGGCCUCAUUGCUAACUUGGGGAAGUCAAUGA